AGUUAAUUUUGGUAUUGAUAAUGAUAGGAUAACGUAGCGUUAGCAUUUGAGUUGAGUAACCUUAUUUAUUUUUGAUGCAGAUUUAAUAAAAUUUUAACUCGGUGAUAGUUUCAUGUGCUUAUAACAAAAAGAGUCACUUUGUAAGGGUAUUCGUAUAUCGAAGUGCUUCUAAUUAAAUUUCAAAAUGAAACGUACCUACGACUCCAUGAGCUCUUCCAUCGAAAUAAGUUCAUACCGAGAUCAACAUUUUAAGGGUUCAAGAGGGGAGCAAGAAAAGCUACUACGUGCUUCAUCCACAUUGUACAUUGGAAACUUAUCUUUUUACACAACAGAAGAACAAAUUUAUGAACUUUUUUCUAGAUGCGGUGACUUACGUAGAGUAAUAAUGGGCUUAGACAAAUACAAGAAAACCCCUUGUGGCUUUUGCUUUGUUGAAUAUUAUGCAAGACCAGAUGCUGAAAACUGUAUGAGGUACAUAAAUGGAACUAGAUUAGAUGAUAGAAUUAUUAGAUGUGACUGGGAUGCUGGAUUUAUAGAAGGAAGACAAUAUGGGCGUGGAAAAACUGGGGGACAGGUUCGUGAUGAAUAUCGAACGGAUUAUGAUGGUGGACGGGGUGGUUAUGGGAAAAUAAUUGCUCAAAAAAUCACCCCAAAUACAUUAGAGCGUUGAGUGUAUGAUGGAAGGAUUUGUGUGAAAUGUGCUAAAGACUGUAAUAUAUAACAAUACAAUCCAUUCAAAGGGUUAAAUCUGAUUGUAUCUUAAAUGAACUAAUAGUAAGAAUUAUUUUAUACAAUA